GUCGACGCGUUGUAUGCUCGAAACGGGGGGAAACCAAAAUAAAACGAAUAAUUACGCCGCGGUACGGUGCGAUCAGCGGACAAGUUUUUGGUACUUUUCAAUUCGUGUGCACUUUUAAAGAGCUCUCCUGCGUUAAGUCGACUCACCACGUGAGAAGCCGAAUGUCGACCUCCUUUGACAGCGACCGCUUUGCCGGCAGAGCUGUCAAGAGAGGAGAAAACGCCAAACGAAAAUCUUGACAUCGAUCAACACACGCUCCGCUUUCGGAAAGUUUGCAAAGGGGCAAAGGAAAAGUGUUUUUUAUCGGCGUUCUUCUGCUGCAGUAGUGGAAAUCAAACAAUUCCUUCAAGUUUCCACGAGAGUGCACAAAACCGAAGCAUGUCGGGAAGACGGGUGCCGGCGAACGAGGACCUCUCGAACGUGGAGUUCGAGACGAGCGAAGAUGUGGAGGUGCUGCCGACGUUCAACUCAAUGGGGCUGCGGGAAGAGCUUCUGCGGGGUAUUUACGCGUACGGUUUUGAGAAACCGUCCGCCAUCCAGCAGCGAAGCAUUCAGCCAAUCGUGAAGGGUCGUGAUGUCAUCGCACAGGCACAGUCCGGUACGGGUAAGACGGCCACCUUCUCGAUAUCCAUUCUGCAGUCGAUGGACACGACGCUGCGAGAGACGCAGGUCCUCUGCCUGUCCCCGACGCGCGAGUUGGCCGUGCAGAUACAGAAGGUUAUCCUCGCGCUGGGAGAUUUCAUGAACGUACAGUGUCACGCCUGCAUCGGCGGUACAAAUCUGGGGGAGGACAUUCGCAAACUGGACUAUGGCCAGCACGUGGUGAGCGGCACGCCGGGCCGCGUGUUCGACAUGAUCAAGCGGCGCGUGCUGCGCACCCGUUCCAUCAAGAUGCUGGUGCUGGACGAAGCGGACGAGAUGCUUAACAAAGGCUUCAAGGAACAGAUCUACGACGUGUACCGGUACCUGCCGCCCGCAACGCAGGUGGUACUGAUUUCCGCCACCCUGCCGCACGAAAUCCUCGAAAUGACCUCCAAGUUCAUGACGGACCCGAUCCGCAUCCUGGUCAAGCGCGAUGAACUGACGCUGGAAGGCAUCAAGCAGUUCUUCGUGGCAGUCGAGCGGGAGGAGUGGAAGUUCGACACGCUGUGCGACCUGUACGACACGCUGACCAUCACGCAGGCGGUCAUCUUCUGCAACACCCGGCGCAAGGUCGACUGGCUGACGGAGAAGAUGCGUGAGGCCAACUUUACCGUCAGCUCGAUGCACGGCGACAUGCCGCAGAAGGAGCGUGACGAAAUUAUGAAAGAGUUCCGGUCCGGCCAGAGCCGGGUGCUGAUCACGACGGACGUUUGGGCGCGCGGUAUCGACGUGCAGCAGGUGUCGCUGGUCAUCAACUACGAUCUGCCGAACAACCGUGAGCUGUACAUCCAUCGCAUCGGUCGUUCGGGUCGGUUCGGGCGUAAGGGUGUUGCUAUUAACUUUGUCAAAUCGGACGACAUCAGAAUUCUGCGAGACAUUGAACAGUACUACUCCACGCAGAUCGAUGAGAUGCCCAUGAAUGUGGCCGAUCUGAUCUAGAUUUGUGUGUUAUUCUGCUAACACAAUUAAACAGUAAUUCCCAAACACAGACCCAUUUUGUACUACUCAUCUGAUUUGCAUGGCUCCGCCGGUGCAGCACAUUAGAAAACGUAAUCUUUUAAGCGUGUAAUCAUACAGCGUAUAUGUUCUGAAAUUUAACAAUGGACUUGAAAUAAAUAGAAUCAUCCAUCAGUA